UUUAUCUUCCUCCUUUGUUUUCUGAAAACUGAGAUGUAAACAGAAAGAGGGAGCGUUAUGUGAUUAUGAAAAUGAUUCCACAAGGUGGUUAUGGCUUUUUGAGUUAGCAUAUAGCCAGUUAGCAUGGGAGAUUUCAUCAGAACAAAUGAACGGAGUGAUAGCUAGCUUAGUUAGCUGCGUAGGUAAUUAACAUGAGCGAAGCGUGUUUUUGUGUUCAGUAUAGCCUUCCAUUGUUUCAAACCCGUUUUUUCUGCAUACAGAGACGCAGUAUGUUUUUGAUAAUAAAAAAUAAAUAUCUAGGACCACUUUUACUAAGCCGGUGGUGACGUUAACCUUAAAACGGUAAUGAAGCAUCCUCGGCAAAAGGAUGAACUCAAUAAUAAAUCUACUUAUAAAGCACAAAUAAAUGAUAGUUUUUUAGUUAUUUAAACAUUCACAUUCAGGCCUCAUGUUCCUCAUUGGUUUUCGGUCUGUGGUAAAGGAAAAAUCCGCUCUACGUUUGUCACGUCCUGCCUGCGGGUCCGUUUCUUUCCUCUGAGGUUUCACAGUUGACAUAGUGUAUCAUCUAAUGGAUGUCGAUUAUUAUUGAUUUCCUACAACCCUUUAACUAGCAACACAUGCUUAUCAUGCUUUCACCGUUAGUACAUGUAUUCAUUCCCUUUUUUUAUUUGUUCAGCUGUUUGAAGUUUAAUCCUGGAUCACUGAUUUCAGCACAAGUAGCAUUGACAACACGGUUAAAAUUAAAUAAGGAAUAAGUAUGUUUUCUUUUAGUUGUAGCUAAAAUGUUUUUAAACCGUAGCCCGCAUCAUAUUAUGAUGGUUCAUUCUCUCUGUCAUGCGAAUUUAGACUUUCUGAGUCCAAGUUAGUUAUUUUCCCUGCGUGUUGUGGAGUCACUCUGAACUGGUAUCCACCCAGUUUGAAUCUGUGAUUAAAAAUAGUGUCUUAAAAGCACUCCAUGUGGCUCCUACAUGGCUUAGUCCCAAACACUGUUCAAAAACAAGAUGCAGCAAACUGUCAGGCACACAGUUUCAUAACCUUGAGUGACAGUAACAUCAUGUAGUUUCUCUUCCAGUACUCACUUACCCUGUUUCCUAUUUUGGGCCAAGAAACACUACAUCAACAGGCUCCUCAUUGGCUGGAAAGGACGUUAAAAGCAUGUCCUAUAUUAUUCUUUAGCUGCAGGGUCCUUGUGAUCAAUGCUGGCAGAGACUUUAGUAGAUACAGAGGAACAGAUGGUUCGUCUUUUGCCUUUAGGCUUGCCACUGAUGAGCAGAAUCCAUUGUUAAGCAGUUGGGUUAGUUUAAUUCCUUUCUCAAAUCGGUUCCUCUUUGUGUAUUAUUAAUACAUUUCACUUAGGCAUUUGAGAAAAGCAGUAAAACUAGCUAUGUACACAGAUUACCAAAAAUAUAGGAAGACCUCUUUGCAAAUAAAUGGUAAAUGACUUGUACUUGUAUAACGCUUUGUCAUUCACACACACGGUAGUAAACUAUUGCAGUGUAGCCACAGCUGCCCAGAGGCAGUCUGACUGCCACCAGGCCCUCAGACCACCACCAGCAGCCAAGGCGGGGGAAGUGUAUUGCCCAAGGACACGACGACAAAGUCGGAUGGAGAGGCAAUCGAACCACCAACCCACUGAUUGCGGGACAAACUCUAACCACCGUUACCACGUUCACCCCAGUGCUACAAGAAAUCUAGUUGUUUUCAGCAGGCGCACAUCAUUUUGCCCCUUCAUACUUAUGCAGUUUUGGUCAUUUCACUGGUUUGAGCGGGUUGCUUGCUCCUAUACUUUUCAAACCCAAAGUGUUUUAUUUUUAAGUAUAAUCAGUAAUGCCUUCCCUACUCACGAGAACGAGCCAGUUUAGGCUGACUGUGUCCUGCUUCACAGAUAUAAGGACUCAGUUCUGGAGGAGAGCUCUGCAGCGAGGGGCCAGCAGCAUUCGAAAAAUGGCCCCUGCAGAGUUGCCUGGUUCUUCAAGCACAACUCAAAGUAUGAAGAAGACCAUCGGGCACCGGGGUGUUGAAACCACCACUGGAGAGACCACGUACAAAAAGACCACGUCAUCUGCCCUAAAGGGAGCAAUCCAAUUGGGCAUUGCUCACACAGUAGGCAGCCUAAGCCAAAAGGCAGAACGAGAUGUUCUCAUGCAGGACUUUGUGGUGGUUGAAAGCAUCUUCUUUCCCAGUGAAGGGAGUAACCUGACCCCUGCUCAUCACUAUAGCGACUUCCGCUUUAAGACCUACGCUCCUAUUGCUUUCCGAUACUUCAGAGAAAUGUUUGGCAUUCGGCCAGAUGACUACCUGUAUUCCCUGUGCAAUGAGCCACUAAUCGAGUUGUCAAACCCGGGAGCCAGUGGAUCCAUCUUCUACGUUUCUAGUGACGAUGAGUUUAUCAUCAAGACCGUUCAACACAAAGAGGCAGAAUUUCUUCAGAAGCUCUUGCCAGGUUAUUUCAUGAAUAUAAACCAAAACAAGCGCACCCUGCUGCCUAAAUUCUACGGACUGUACUGCGUUCAGGCCGGGGGAAAGAACAUCCGCAUUGUUGUGAUGAAUAACCUUCUUCCCCGGAUCAUUCCCAUGCACCUAAAAUACGACUUGAAGGGCUCCACCUACAAGAGACGAGCCUCUCCUAAGGAAAGAGAAAAGGCUGUUCCUACUUACAAAGACCUGGAUUUUAUCCAGGACAUGCCUGACGGUUUGCUGCUGGAAGCUGACAACUACAAUGCCCUAUGCAAGACUAUUCAGAGGGACUGCUUGCUUCUGCAGAGUUUCAAGAUCAUGGACUACAGCUUGUUAAUGGGCAUCCACAACAUGGAACAAGCAAGUCGAGAGCGUGAGCGUAGCGGAGGUAAUUCAGGGGACAGCGUGGCCCUGGAAGGUCCAGUGACUCCUGAUCAGCGUCGACCACAAGCCCAGAAGAGUUUGUACUGUACCGCCAUGGAGUCCAUCCAGGGCGAAGCUCGAGGAAAAGGAGCUCUGGACUCAGAAGACCAUGUGGGAGGAAUUCCGGCUCGCAAUGUGAAAGGAGAGAGGUUACUCAUUUACAUUGGCAUCAUUGACAUUCUCCAGUCCUACAGGUUUAUUAAGAAGUUGGAACACUCCUGGAAAGCACUGGUCCAUGAUGGGGACACCGUUUCAGUUCACAGACCUGGUUUCUAUGCGGACCGUUUCCAGCAGUUUAUGUGCAACACCGUUUUCAAGAAAAUUCCACUUAAGCCGUCACCCUCUAAGAAGAGUCGUGGUGGAGGUCAGGGAGGGCUCAGACGAGCCCCCACUUUGGUGGGUCCCACUCCACUCUCCCACACAGCAGGACAGUCUGCUGGCGACUCCAGACUAGUCUAUCACAGCCAUUUUAAAAGCACAGAGUCAGAGGCUGAGACCGGUGUUCAGUCAGACAAACCAGAUCUGGUUCCUAGGACUCCUCCGCCAGCAGACAAUCCGGCUGAUGCUGAGGCCAAUCUAUCCACCUCAUCUCUAGGCAGCACAGGAGCAGGCUCUGCCUCUCCUCCGCUACGGUCCGUUGGAGUAGAAGUACACAAAUCGGCAAACACAGAUCAUGACCAGGGAACCUCCCACAGUUUGGGGGCGGAAGGGGCCGCUGAUAAUUCAACCAACCUGUCUGGAAAUGAAGAGGUAGUUUCUCUCUCCGACAUCAUCCCAGAGACCAACAUCUGUUUUUGAAAAAGAAAAAAAAAACCCCAAACAAAUCCGGCCACAUCUAUGAAGAUGAGGCGCUUCUGGAUGCGACGAGGUGGUUGGAAGUAAGAUCAGCAUGAGUGAAAGUCAUCUGUCCAAGACACCCCUCCUUAGCACCUGUGUUAUUUAGUCAACCUUCAGUAUAAACUCGAGCCGCUCCGUGAUCAACAAGGAGAGCCGUAAUGAAAAGAAGUGGACGGCUUCAGUGCUUCACAGGCCGUGUGUUCACGUUUGAACACACAGCCUGGACAGCUGUCUGUCCACAGCUGUCCCAGAGAAACGCUUCGGUCACUUGUGUAUUGCAAUGAAGCAAGCCCUCCUUCCUGUUGUAGACAAAAGAGAUGUGAUUGUGCAGAUAAUCCAGCAGAAGCACACUGAGCUCAGAGCACAUGAAGGGCAAACCUCUGUGGAUGGAGGGAGCAACUGGGUUCUUAAUAUGCGACAUCACAUCCUCUGUACCUCUGAUCAGUAAAGACACUCUGAAUGGACAAUGUAGUUAAUAGAAACCAUUCAAUCAACACUUGCUGCUUGACUCCACAAUCACAUAUGCAUUUCUUCCCUAUUGUUUUCUGUGUACAGUAUUUGUAUGGAAUCGGAGCAAGAGGCUGCAGCGAGUCGGGUCGAACCAAACCUGAGGACAUAAGUUUAGUUUCAUGUUUUAAAUUAUUCUUGUAGAAGCCUCAGUGGUACUAUCAAGACAUUUGCCACUGAUGAAUGUAUUUUUACGUUCUUCUGAAGUAGAAUCAGUCUUACCACAUUUAUAACAAUCUGAAAAUCCUCCCAGAUCUGAUGUGGCCACUAGGGACGCACCGAUUGCUGGUCAACCGAUCUUUAAAAAGUCUGAUCUCCUGAUUCAGAAUACCGAUUAUUUUUUAAAUUAUUUUUUCUUAAACGUUGCUAAAUACAGCAACAAAGUUCUUAAGUUAGUAACAGUGGGUGGCUAUUGUUAACCUUGCCUGUGCAAACCAGACCUAAUGGGUGGGUCUGACAGUCAGUCCUCUCUCACAGCAGAGCAAAAUGGGAAAGUGGUUGAUUUUCACACCUUUGUGGAGAUCGAUAAGAUUGGUGGAUAAGAUGGGUUUCUUAUAUAAACAUUGGUAAUAAAAUUGCGGCUGACGUAUUGUUGCGCCCCUAGUGGCCAGAUAUGCUGAAGUAGGAAUGACUUCAGAUCAAAGUGUUUGCAUCCUGGCUGGAUGGUAGAUGCUGGCAAAUUAAUGUUUUUUAUAUAUAUAGAAUUGUAGUCAUUUUUAAGUUAUUGUCUACCUGUCAUGUCUGUGCCUUGUGUGUUUUUCUUUUACUUUUUUAUGUAUAGCUGAUAUUGUUGAAGGUUAGUGCUGUAGUUACACACAGAACCUGCCUUAUCACUACUGCUGAUGUUCAUCAAACUGCCAUUUGUACGUCCUAACUAAACCAGUCAGUUGUGAGGGUUUACAAGAGUUUCAGAUUUUAAUGCAAACACUAACACCAGUUGCCAGUGCGGUUGAUUUUUGUUUUUCCUGACUUCAAGCAGGAGUCAUUUCUGCUGGUUACAGAAAUGACAGCGAGUCUUAGACCAAUAUUACUAACCGUGAGUUGAUGGGGAUUUGUUUAAGACUUUUUGAAAUGAGGGUCUGUUAAAAAGGUUGCAAGCAGUAAAUAACUUACCUGCAGCAGAUAACUGCCUUGGCAUCUUUAUUUAGUAUAAAUCCAGAUUAGUUGGUCGGAGAGGUUGAAGCUAAGUGCUUGUCUGAGAGAAUCCAAGGGCAAAGAGGAUUUCUUAAAAGGUCUUAAAACAACUACAAUCUACAACUACAGACUCAUCUAGACUUUAUGAGAAUUUGUUGGGUGUGAAUUUGUAGAGGAAGCGUGCCUAAGCAUUUGUAGUUAGUUAUAUGUUUUUAAUGUCAUAUUAUGUUAGCUCAUCUACAGCUCAUAGUUUCUGUUACAGUUUAGACUGUAAUAAAGUUUUAUUAACUCGAUCACAGUUAUUGUCAGCAGGGGAUGAUGAGGAAGUAACUCAUUCAGCUUAAGUAAUAGUUAAAAUUCCGUUAGCUGUAUUGGAACUGAAACAAAAGGUUGGCAUUUAUUAAUUAACAGCAAAAUGCCUCUGGACUUUUUUUUUUUUACAAUUACUCCAUUACAUUAACUUUUUAAUGACUUUAUAUGUGAUAUAAAGUGUACUCACUUUAUUGCUAAAAAUCAUGUUUUGUUUUUUUGUUUUUUUUUGUGUGUGUGCAAGAAACCCCCCGUCUCACGUUCAGCUUCUGAACAAAACGUCGGUGAACAAAAGCUUCACGACAAACAGCCAGGAUAAAAUAGAAAGUGCCGGAAAAUCUGAGGGAAAAUAUUCUGGGUUUCAAUGAAAACACCUAUGUGAAUGCUACUUUAAUAACAUUCAUUAAUGAUGCAUGAAAUCAGACACAAAAUUAUCUGUUAUACGUCACGUUUACUGCUUGUAACUUUCAAAAGAACCUGAUUCAAAAAUCUUGAAGAUUAAUGCAUUUUAAAAGCCUUAGUGUUUAUACACAACAAAUUUGGUUUCCUUUAUUGUUUGGAACAAUGAUGUUUAUUCAUGUUUACAACAUGAAUAAAGCUACUGAUGUAGUUGGUGUUAGUUGUCAGAAGGGACUUCUGUUGCAGAAAUUAGAUUUACUACCUAGUGACCGUAGCAAAACUUGCCAUCGUCUCAUUUCCUGUUAUUGUCUGAAGCAUGUGCUCUAUGCAGCCGAGAUGGAGAAACUAAUCAAGAGAAGCAAAUUGGUCAUGUUCAUACAUGCACAGAGUUGAGGGUGUAGGUGUAAGUCUUUUGUAUUCAUGGCACCAAAGAGAGAAGCAGAGCGGACACAUGAAGAGUGCGCCUGAGUUGAAGAAUGUGAGAUCCACUCCUACUUGGAUUUAUGUGUUUUUUACAUGAUAACACACAGGUGACCUGUGUUUUAAAGGUUUAUGAUGAAACUGGAUGUUUGUUUUCCUCCUGAACCAUUUCAUUUCUGAAAUGCUGAAUCUAUUGUGAAUCCAGUAGAUUUUUUUUAAAACUGUUUUUCUUUAUCAUACAGUUGAAUUUAUAGUCUUGAGACAUUUCAAAUGAUAAUUCCACAUUCCUGUAAAACUUCUAUAUACUACAGCUGUGGUAGCGCUUUAGGACCUGCUAUUUCCCACCGUUGUGUUCCGUGGAUGAUGUGCUUCAAGUAUUUAUGCUGAAAUGUUAAAUAUUAACCAUUUGAAACACAUUUGUUUAGUUGCAUUGGCUGAGAGUCAGACAGUCACCAAAAUAACACUCCAAAUGUCUGAUUCUGAUUUGAGAAGAAGUUCAUAUUGUGUUUUCCACAACUGUUUAAUGUGGGGUUUUUUUGUUUGUUUUUUUUUUUUUUGCUGUUUCUUAAAAUCUGUGGUUGUUAGGUUCGGGAUGAAGACCAAGUCUGAGAUUUUCUACCACACUAUGGCACAAUAGAAACAUCCUUUGGUGCUCUGAGGAUGCAGGCAAGUGUAGACACUACAAAACUGAAGUAAUGCAAUACGAACUGCAAUCUGCCACCUUUCAGCCCUGUGGGGUUUAUUUAUUUAUGCGAUCGAUUGUUGUAGGCUGAGAUGAUGAUAGGUUAUUUACUGUUGAUGAUUGUAAACUGACUGAAGGAUGUCUGGAACUUUAUAGCUUUUAAUGCCUAUAAAGGGAGACUAUUUGACAAUUUCACAUUUUAUAUUUCAUGUUUAGAUUGUGAUACCCAAUAUUCUCUCCAUGAUGUUUCUGGCUCUUCCAUUGUUUUUCUACAUGAAUGUUUCAAACGGCUUACGAGCCAGUGUUGCUGGUUGUCCUAUAUGCUUCAAUUACUAUAUUUUUACGGUGUAUAAAUGUGCAUAUGUACAUAUAAGUCACGGAAAUGCCUUCUCAUACAACAUGAACUGCCUGUCCUCCUGCCAUCUUUCAGUUAUAGUAUGUGGUGGUGAUGUUUUUUUUGUCUGAUUUGAAGGAUUAAACAUAUUUUCUAAAUCUGU